GAUUCAGCAGCUGGUGACUGCGUGGGGUGCUCCGGGCGCGGACCGUACCAUCUUCAUCCCCGAGGACAGGCUGCGCAGCAGCCCGCUGCCGCAGCUUCAGACAAAGCGCUGCUAUCACCUCUACCAUUCGGCCAGCAAUCCGUGUGCGGCCGCGAUCGCCGCCGAUUUGGAGGCGCAGUUUGUGUCGCCGAACCACUCGGGGCUGCGGACAACGGCCGAACCGGAGCACCUUCGCCACGAUGCCUGCGCCGCGUUUUUGCUCUACCUGAACGCCGAAACUUUCGCGCCGGGGGCGCGCGCCGACACGCUCGUCAGCGAGCUGGAGGCGGCGCUGGAGGCGGGCACCGGGCUGCUGCUGGCGCACGAGCGGCGCGACGGCUGGCGCCGGCUCACGUUCGAC